AUGUUUGGUUUCAUUCAUACUCCCAUACUCAAACCAUUCGAUCAAACACAAAUGGAGAAUAGUGCAUAUAACAUGACGUUAAUGAUGGUGGGUUGUGUUGGGUUGUUGUUAAUGCUAUCAAAACAAGGGUCAGCCGAGCAACAUGUGGUUGGAGGGAAACAAGGGUGGGACGAAUCGACUGAUUUUGACUCCUGGGCUUCGGGUCAAACAUUCAAGGUUGGCGAUACGCUCGUGUUCAAGUACAGUCCAAUGCAUAGCGUUGCAGAGCUGGGCAGCGAGAGCGAAUACAAGAAGUGCGAUGUGGGAUCCGCUACGAAUUCCAUGAGCGACGGCAACAGUGUGGUGAAGUUAACAAAGGAGGGUACAAGAUACUUUGCAUGUGGUACAGCCGGACAUUGCGAUAGCGGGAUGAAGGAUCGUUUGCUUUCAUGUUGGUGA